UUGUUGGAUGUGUUGAAUAUUCCAGAGUCAUGAAUUAUUUGGAAAAACUCUCAAUCAUAGACAGAACUGCUAUACUUUAUUUAUGUUUCCUCUUUGCUUUGCAUAUGACUGUUUGCCAGUGUUUUAUGGAUAUUUUUUUUCGUUUUUUUUUUUAAUACCGAACAGCAAAUGAACCCAUUGGACGGGCUCUCUGUAUCGGCGAUGGUAUUACCCAGAGCCAGUGGCAACCCGUGGAUAAUUGCGGCCCAUUUAGAAAUGUCACAGAUAUACUCACCGAAAUUGCACAGGUAAUCGUAAGUGAAGAAAAUGCAGACGAAGUGAGCCAGCAAGUAUCAUCUGUUACUUCCAACAUCGAAGAUAUCACAUCAGAUGACGUCACGUUUGUGGCAGAGAUAACAUCAAACAUUGUGCAGCAAAAUCUUACAAGUGAAGAGGUAACAGAGUCCAUUGCCAAUAUUGCGAGCAAUAUAGCUGAGGUAGAAGCAGAGGUACUUGAAGCCGCUGAGGAAGAAGGUGGGGCAAUAAGUAAAUUUGUCCAGGCUUUUGAGGAACAAAUCAGUCGUGUUGAGGUUACCGAUGGUGGGAUGCUCAACAUUCAGCAGCCAAAUAUAGCCGUGCAGGUCCAGAGUGUACCUGCUGAUGACGUAAGCCGUGGUCUUGUGCUUUCACUAGCUGGAUCGACUCUUUCAGACCUGACCAAGUCCAAUAUUACUAUCAAUGCUCCGACCAAAGCUGACCGUGGUGAUGUCAUUGCUACCAGACCAGACAUCAUCGCUCAAGUCAGCAUUCCACCUUCAGUUUCAUCCGUCAUUUCGUCCACGGCCCCACUCUCAGGAUCGCCGUCGAAUGGAAGUGGUGAAUACGUCCGGGUCAACUUCAAUGUAUUUUCAACUCCAGCCCUGUUCAUUUCUAAAUCAUUGCGCACAAUCAGUGUAGAUAAUGAAGGCUUCAAUCGAUCGGCUAACUCGCCCGUGAUUUCUCUCAGUAUUGGUCAAGGGAAGGUAGCAGCCUUGACCGAAUUCAUAAACUUCACCUUCACUACAAUAAAGUCUGGAUACGUGAAUCCCAAGUGUUCAUUCUGGGAUGAGGAGGAGGAAGAUUGGUCCGAGGAUGGAUGUGUUCUUGUUUCUGGAUUUGCAUCAUCUGAUGAGCGCUAUGACGAAGAGGGCGUUCGCUGUGCGUGUGAUCACCUUACCAACUUCGCUGUUAUAAUGGAUAUCCAUAGACAGGAGCCAUCAAUCAAAGCAUACAACAUUCUGACUUACAUCGGAUGCUCUAUUUCUAUCUUCAGUCUUCUUGUCACAUUGGCAACCUACCUGUGGAACAGGGAUUUGAGGACCAAACAGACUAACCAGAUCUUCAUCUGUCUGUGCCUGACCUUGCUGUGUCUCUACACGACAUUUGUCAUCAUGAUCUCUCUGGAUUCUCGUGAGGUCCAAGCUGGACCCUGCGGGUUCCUGACGGCCCUAGUUCAAUACUUCGUGUUGUCCUCCAUUGCAUGGAUGGGUGUGGAAGGGUACAACACCUACCUCAUCAUUGUGAAGAUCUUUAACACCUACAUCCAGAAUUUCAUGAUCAAGGCUUUCUUAGCUGCAUGGGGAAUUCCUGCUUUCAUCGUGGUUCUUACCGGAGCUAUUGCUAGAGACUCUUAUGCUCAUGAUGAUCUAUGCUUUCUACAAUUCUGGGCUCAAAUCGGUGGUCUCCUGAUUCCCAUGUCCAUCAUUCUCCUCAUCAACAUUGUCAUCUUCAUCCUGGUGGUUCGACAAUUGAUCCGGUCAGCCAACAUCGCUGGCCGGGUGAAAAGGGAGGCUAAGGAAGAACGCCGAGAGACUAUCGUACGCGUCCAGAACGCGAUCUGCAUCUUGCUUCUGCUCGGUCUGACCUGGGUCACCGGAUAUCUUCUUCUGAUCCCGUCAUUCAGUCAGGUGGCUCAGCCAAUCUUUGUCGUCCUUAACUCCUUCCAAGGAUUUUUCAUCUUUCUACUGUACUGCGUCCGGAAGCCUCACAUCCGUAAGAAAUGGGGGCUAACUUGUUUCGACAAGUUCCUAAAGAGAGAAGCAAGCACUUCCAGCGGUGUGGUUAGCUCGACGGCGCUAUCCUCGACAGCUGGCAUGAUAAGCAAAUUGCGCCCAGGAGCCAGGGGUAGUUACAUGUUGACUACCAAAGACGACAAUCCAGACCCUAUGUAUACCUUCAAUCCAACAUUUGAUGUUAGCCAAGUUGAAGAAGGAGUCACACCACCUAUGAACAGAUAUAUCCAAAGUUCCACCGAGGAACAGAACAAGGACACGGAUCGUGAUGCAACAAGCACUGAUGUCGUGACGGUAAGUCUCCCUCUUGAUGCAUCUGUCACAAAAUCCACUAAGAGAGGCGAUGACGUUUCCUCAUACAUGAAUGCUGACACCCUCAGUGUUACUCUAGAUUCAACUGAUGUCAAGAAGGCUACUGAGGGCACCGAUGAUGUUGCUACCACCAACAAUGAUGCUGUCGUCGGUCUUCCUGAUGAUGCUGCAGAUGGCACCAUUCACAAUGAGAGGAUUGAUGAUGAUGCUUCUGCAACAAGUGAUGCUGCUGUCAACUUUCCUAUUGAUUCAACGGACUUCAGCAAAGAAAUUUAGAGCAAAGGCAUAGAUGCCAGUGGUACAACUGAUUUUGCAAACGGCCACGGGCACAGUAGAGGUUUUGACUAUAGCGAUGCAUUUAUUCCUACUGACUAAAAAAAUAGCUUAUUCAUGUAAAUCGCAAGAAAGUCUCAUGUAGAUAGAAUGAUCUUAUAUUGGCAUACUAGGCAGAGGUGGGCUGGGCUGGGCGUCAGCUGAACCUUCCCCGACCAUUUUGCGCUUACCGAUAUUCCGUCACCACAUAUUCAGGAACUAUCUGUUCAAUUUGUUAUAUGUUAUCAUCUUUAUUUUAGUUUAAUGACGAAAUUAUAUAUCUACGUUAAUAUAUGGUAGCUUUAAUAUCAAAGUACUCGUGAUAUAAUAUGUUUUGCUGUAUAAAUGAUACUUUGUGGUGUAUUCCAUAGAAAGAAGGUUUUUUAUUUGUUGAAAAGUAUAUAAUAAGAUGGUGAUGGUGCGAUGAUUUUUGUUCAAUUCUUUUUAGUAAUUUUUAGUCAUGACAUGUUAAAUGUAUAUAUAGUGCAACAAAUUGAAGUUACCAAAUUGCUGUACUUUUUUAUGUUCAUGUAAAGGUUGACAAAACUGUUUCCAUGAAUUGGGUCACUGGCUGAGAACGCCAAUGCCUUAACCAAUAAAUCACAGACACAUGCCAGUGGCUUUGGCAACACACAGAUUCAAUUGACAGACAAAUUGACUAAUCUCCUUCAUUUAUUAAUUUCUUCGUUGAGGGCAGGCUAGUUUUGAAAAAAAUAAAAAGCCGUGUGACUUAGCUCGAUCAAAGCGAAUGUUUUCAGAUACACGUUUAAUUUAGAAUAAUUGGAAACAGACGUAAGGAAAUAACAUAUACAACCGCUUUGGCAAAUCAUUUUGAAAAAUACAUACUCUGGAAUAUGUAAAUAUAUGUUUGUAUAUUGUUGUAUAUAUAAAUACAUCGAAUUCAUUGAAUCGAGGCCUAAGAUUCAGUUUUACAAUUAACAGAUUUAAAUCGAUGUACAUAAAAAGUAUUUUUCAAAGAAUGAUAUCCAUGGCUGAGUAGAUACUUGUCUAUCCCUUUGUUCUUUAACUUUUAUUUCAUUCUUUCUUAUUUUUCGCUACUUUACAUCCUUUCUGCAAAACCUUAUAUAUAUGUUGUGUAUUUACGUUGGUGUGCUUGUAUUAUGCAAGUCUUUUACAUUUUAUUAAUUAUGUUCAUUUUUUUGUUCGUGUUUGUUAAAGGUU